UAAAAACAAAACCCGGAAGUAACGGAACUGGUUGGUUUUUGGUUGUUAUGUGAGAUUUUAACAGAAGGAUUGUAGAUCAUAUGGAGGAAUUGACCAUGGAGACCCGCUUCACCAGGGGGAAGUCCGCGGUGCUCGAGCGCUCUCUGUCCCGGCCCAGGACGGAGGUGAGUCUGAGCGCCUUCGCGCUGCUCUUCUCGGAGAUGGUGCAGUACUGCCAGAGCCGGGUGUACUCGGUGUCCGAGCUGCAGGCGCGCCUGGCGGACAUGGGCCGAGCCGUGGGGGCGUCGCUGCUCGAUCUGCUGGUGCUGAGGGAGAAGAACGGCAAGAGGGAGACCAAAGUGCUCAACAUCCUGCUCUUCAUCAAGGUCUCCGUGUGGAAGUCUCUGUUUGGUAAGGAAGCGGACAAGCUGGAGCAGGCCAACGACGACGACAAGACCUACUACAUCAUCGAGAAGGAGCCGCUGGUGAACACGUUCAUAUCCGUGCCCAAGGAGAACAGCACUCUAAACUGCGCCGCCUUCACCGCCGGCAUGGUGGAGGCCUUCCUCACGCACAGCGGCUUCCCCGCCAAAGUCACCGCGCACUGGCACAAAGGCACCACGCUCAUGAUCAAGUUCGACGAAGCUGUCAUCGCCCGAGACAAGCAGCUGGACGGGAGGUAGAGAGGGACAAGGACGAGGAGCGCCGUGUGUGUGUGUUUUACAGAGUUCCAAAGUCAAUCAGGUCAUCUUCAAUUCCUGGUAGAGAAUUAAAAAUGCUGAAAAGGUUACACAGGUUCUGUGAGUGAAACUCUAAAAAGACAAGUUAUUUACUCAAAGAGUGAGUGUGAAUAUAUUAGUACACUCUGAUCAUUGAUAUUACUAAAACAAUGCAAAAUACUGACGCAAGAGAAACUCUACAGCUCCUUGUGGUUGAUUUAAAACCACAAACAGGAACUAAAACAAAUAAAACUCUUACUUAUUGCCUCACUCGUCUACCGCAUAAGCGCCUUGAGAACCCGUCCAGAGACAGGUCGCGCGUGAGUGUGUGUGUGUGUGUGUGUGUGUGUGUGUGUGUGUGUGUGUGUGUGUGUAAAUGAUUAUCAGGUGUUGGGUCAGUGGGUCAGUGCUUGUCUGUUUGCGUGUUGUCUUUUAACAUCUCUGCUUAUUGUACUGUGUAUUAUUAUCAUGAGUAAGGCUUGAUUCUGGUGAGGAUGUAACUUUUAUUUUGUUUUCUGUAAAGCUGUUACAAUAAACGCAAAUUAUGUACAACAUAUAUAA